AUGCCCACAGCGGACUGCAGGCUCCUGCACCAUGGCCGGAUCAUGAGGUGUCUCUCCUUCCUGCUCCUGCUUCCAGAAACGCUCAAGAAGAGGUCCAAGAAGAGCGGCACUAGCCUCCCGCUGUGCUACGAGCUGUUCUCCCUGUCGCUGGCGAAGAGGAAGAGGAUGGCCGCCGAACUCCACAGCACCGCCAACAGCAACCUGGCGAACCAGCGCUCCACCAACAACACCUCCUCCACCACCACUACGGUGACGGCCGGGGACAAGCCCGAGAAAGACUCGCCGGUCAACCGGUCCUCGGCCACCCUGUCCUCCACCAACUCCUCCAUCACCCCCUCCUCCUCCUCUUCCCACCAAAACAUCAACAACAACAACCUGGACGCGCCGAGUUGGGCGUGCAGUCACCCGACUCUGCGGGAGAGGAACGCGUUGAUGUUCAACAACGAGCUGAUGGCUGACGUUCACUUCAUCGUGGGACCGUCCGGCGAGUCGAGACGGCUCCCGGCCCACAAGUACGUGCUGGCGGUGGGCAGCUCAGUGUUCGGCGCCAUGUUCUACGGCGACCUGGCCGAGGAGUCGGGCGAGAUCCACAUCCCCGACGUGGAGCCCGCCGCCUUCCUCAUCCUGCUCAGGUACAUGUACAGCGACGAGAUCGACCUGGAGGCCGACACCGUGCUCGCCACGCUCUACGCCGCCAAGAAGUACAUGGUGGCGGCGCUGGCCCGCGCCUGCGUCACCUUCCUGGAGAGCAGCCUGGAGGCGCGCAACGCCUGCGUGCUGCUCUCCCAGAGCCGGCUGUUCGAGGAGCCCGAGCUGACCACGCGCUGCUGGGAGGUCAUCGACGCCCAGGCCCUGCUCGCGCUGCGUUCCGAGGGCUUCGGCGACAUUGACCGGCCCACGCUGGAGGUGAUCCUGCGGCGCGAGACCCUCAACGCGGCCGAGGCCGUGGUCUUCCAGGCCGCGCUGGGCUGGGCCGUGGCCGAGUGCCGGCGGCGGGGGGUGAGCCCCACGCCGGGGAACAAGCGCGAGGCGCUGGGCAAGGCGCUGUACCUGCUGCGCCUGCCCACCAUGAGCCUGGAGGAGUUUGCGGACGGCGCGGCGCAGGCGGGCGUGCUGACGCUGGAGGAGACGCACGCCGUGUUCCUGUGGUACACGGCCGCCGUCAAGCCGCAGCUGGGCUUCCCGCUGGCGCCGCGGGCCGGCCUGGCGCCGCAGCACUGCCACCGCUUCCAGUCGUCGGCGUACCGCAGCAACCAGUGGCGCUACCGCGGCCGCUGCGACAGCAUCCAGUUCGCCGCCGACCGCCGCGUCUUUGUCGCGGGCCUCGGCCUCUACGGCUCCAGCGGCGGCAAGGCCGAGUACGGCGUCCGCAUCGAGCUGAAGCGGCAGGGCGCCACGCUGGCGACGCGCAGCACGGCGUUCGUGUCCGACGGCUCCAGCGGGACCUUCCCGGUGUGGUUCGAGCACCCGGUGCAGGUGGAGCAGGACUCCUUCUACACCGUCAGCGUGGUGCUGGACGGCAACGAGCUCAGCUACUUCGGCCAGGAGGGCAUGACCGAGGUGCAGUGCGGCAAGGUCACCUUCCAGUUCCAGUGCUCGUCGGACAGCACCAACGGCACCGGGGUGCAGGGGGGGCAGAUCCCCGAGCUGGUCUUCUACGCAUGAGCCACUGGGACCCCCUUGGGGGGGGGUGGGAGUCUGGAGCCCAUAGCCGGACUCCACUCUUAAGCCUUUGAGUUCACGUAGCAUAACGACACUCCGUAGCGGCCCGCCUAGCGGCCUAGUUACUUCUCUCAGACACUAUUUAAUAAACGGUGAAGGAGCCAUUUUAUCCUAUUUAUUUUAACGUUAUUAUUUUUUAAUUUAAUUAUUUUUGUUACAUGAAAUGGAGAAGGACGAUGGCGCGCGUCACGUGACCGGUCGUGCUGCUGAAGACUCCCCCGCUAGCAAUGUGUUUGGUGUUUGCCGCCUUAAGGAGCGACGUUCGGGGACGCUCGCCUCUCCGCGUCGAGCACGGAGCUUCUUGCGGCGGGAUGGGAGCUAGGCUAAGCUAACGCCGCUCCAUACAGCCUCCAGGAACCUCGGCGAGGGAUGACUUGUUGGGGUGCUGCUAGCCUGAUGCUGUUGGCGCCAUUAGCUCUGAAGGCUAAUGUGAUCGAGCCAAGCAGUGACCGUGGAAACUCCUCACGUCGGAUUGGUGGAGGCUCUCGCACGCGGGCGAUACCGCAGCCAAUCGGGACGGGACGCACAAGAAGCAACAACGCUCAUGUUUAGGGUUUGAAUUAACAUUGAAAUAAAUAAGAGGAAGAAUUCCCUGUAAACAGAAAACUAAAGUUGUUUUGCACCAGGGAGACGGACUCCGUAACGUUGCAUCUUUUGUAAAAAACAACAACAUUUGUUCAAACUGUUGGCAGCUUGAUGCUGCUGAAACUGCUGUGUUCUAAAUGCUUGUGACCCUGAGAAACAUAAAGGUUAUCACGUGACUGAG